UGUUUGUUUAUUAUUUUUAAAUCUCAUGUUUAUAUUGUAAUCCUAGAAAUAUAAAAUAAACUGUAACAGAUUUAUAUCCGCCAUUGAGAGACUACUUAAGAGCUUGACUUGGUGACAAUAGAUUUAUUUCACCUGUGAUUAUUGGAUAAAGGUGUUGUUAUUUUUUUUACAGCGAAACAAAUACAACUACUAGUUUAUUGCUGAGUUUUGAUACAUAUGUAUACAAAUUAAUUUUCUCCAUUGUUUCUGGGUGUGGACGAAAUGGCGAUAACAAUAGAUCGGGAAGCUAUGAUGAUUACCUCUAAAGUAUUUCUUAUUAUUUUUAUUAUCGCAAUUCUAGUCAUCAAUGGCUUACUGUUGGCUAAACAUGUCAGAAAAACAUAUUUCUGGAACAGCCCGAAAAAUCUCACUUUUAUCUCUAUUGCAAUAGGUGACAUAUUUCUGGCGCUAUUUCCUUUGGUAGUUGAGGCCAAGUUUAUUUUUGAUUUUGACAUGGCAAUGGCAGACAAUUGCUCAUUAAAUCUGGCUUACGAGAGCUACAUGUACCAUUUGAUCCAUUUUGUUUAUGGAGUGAGUUUAGUUUUGCUUAAUGUGGAGAUUUUGUUUCGACUCAGGCUUCAGUAUUUUGUGUUUAUAAAGAAAUAUUUGGUGCCUGUCUUGGGAAGUUGCAUCCCUUGGUUUCUGGGAUUGAUCAUAGUCUUACCUCUGUGUCUGUCACACAGGUACCGAUGUAAAACAUGGUAUACAGUAGAGACCUUUUCUGUGACCGUCAUUGUACCAGCCUGCCUAGCACUGACCACGUCCUGUGUAUCCUUCUUUCUGAAGUGUCACAAGGGCAAAGCUUCAGCAGUAAAAUCUAACCCAGACGUGAAUUGGACACAGGCUCCUGACAACAGGCCGAAUGUCUAUUCAAAGUCUCAGACUUCGACAACAGUUCAACUUUCACAAGAGCAACAAAUCUUCAUUGAAACUGAACAGCAACCAGAACAGAAAGACUCGAGUCUUGACAGAAAACAGCAACAGCAGCUGUUUCUGGACCGUGAAGAGCCCCAUCAUCCCAUUUUGAUCCAAGCUACACAACCACAAAAACUUAGCAGGCGUCAGGAUAAAAACCCAGUUUACACGAGCCAGGCAAACCCCAGAAAAGAACAGCUUCGAAUACUUAUUGUUUCCAUUGUCUUCUUCUUCAUGGUCGCUCCAUUUGCAGCGUUAAAAAUCUACUUACAUUUUAGAUAUAUUGAUGACAGAGAUACUUACAUUUUACUCUAUCGAAUUUUUUAUUGGAUGAUGUUAUCCAGAUCAUUUCUGACACCAAUUAUCUUCCUUGUGUUUAAAGUUAAAAAAUGAGAAACCACGAAAAGCAUGAUCAUGACAAUAACAUCACAUAUUUAGGUUCAAACGUUUACGCGCAUAUAUUGCUUUCUUGUUGUUUUAUUAACUGACUGAUAUUAUAUUGUGUAUUAUCAUUAGCAUUGUCACAUUAAAUUACUGUAAAAUUUGUAAAAA